UAUGACUGCAUUUGUUUUUCAGGAAUUGGAUUCAAGAGUGUAUUUCUAAUCACUUCUCAGCCACAUAUAUUUAGCAAUGGCUAUCAGAUUCGUUUUAACGAAUCCCCUUGCUCGAAGUGCAACGUUGGCUACAUUGUCCCUGAAUGGGUUGAGGAGAACCCAAUUCUUUCUGAGAUAAAAAAUAUAUAUGGCUCAAGUUCCAACCUUCCAACCACAACGAUACUACUACCUCUGAAGCCUGACAAGGUGAAGCCUGUGAAACAACAGCUUUCAAGCAUUCAUCCUGAACUUUUGUUGUUUCUGUCAAAGAUAAAGAGGCUUUCUGUUAGGGAAGAUACUGGGGACCCCAGGAGCAAUACAGUGACUGCAAUUUCCAUUUCAAGUGAGACAAAUUUUGUCACGAGGAAGAACAUUGAUGCUGAAUCCUACCUGCUUCAUCUCUCUGCUGAUGAAAGCGGUGGUAAUUUGGAUGGAGAAUGCAGCUAUCAUAUGUGGAGGCAGAGAUUUCCUGUCAGACCGGAAAAUAAGGUAGAAAGAAGAAUUGAAGUUGAAGAAUAUGUGAUCACAUUGGCUUUUCCCACUGGCGACCGUCUUCACAGAGGAUCAACCUCCCCUGGGAUCUAUGCAUUUCUUCCCACGGAGAUGGUUACAAACUUUCCUUUCAUAAUUCAGGCAGAUUUUCUUCUGGCAUCAUCAAGGGAAACAAUCCUUUUGGAUUGCAAUUGGAACCAGGGUAUUCUUGAAUGUGUGCCAUCUGCUUUUGUUAAUGCAUUUACUUCACUUGUGAAAGAGAAGGAAGAUGCUCCUGGUUUUCUUCUGCCACGGAUGUUUGGCUUCUUACCAGUCAUGAGUUCUCCCUAUGCUCUGCUUAAUUCUGUCAGAGCAUCAAUCCAAUCAAAACUGAUGGAAGAAAGUAUUAUUCCUUGUGAAUCAUACACACAACAGAAGUUCUUCCAUAAACCCCGCGAAGUUGGAAGAUUAAAGCCUGCUUUCUGGAAUCUGUUAAAAAUGGCUAAGCAACAAGGAGUUCAUGCUGGCGUUCCUACCCAAGAGAAAGAACUACUACAAUUUCUUGAAUCUCAUGUAGCAGCUUCAGAUAUACCUAAUUUGCGUCCUCCAGAUGCGCAAAUCCCAAGUUUCUCUUCUUUACUAACCAAACAAAAUGCAUUCUUGCUUUUACAGUGGAUUCAUAACCUGAAAGAGAAGGGACGCAACAUGCCAAGCAAGUUUUUGAACUGCAUAAAGAACGGAAGCUGGCUUCGGGUUUCGCUUGGUGGCAGUAUUAGCUGCAAGCCACCAUCAGAAUCAUUCCUAUUUACCUCUUCAUGGGGAUGCCUUCUUCAAGAUGGAUCAGUGCUUGUUGAUAUACCAUUGGUAGAUCAAAGUUUUUAUGGCAAAGAAAUAUUAAAAUAUAAUGAGGAGUUGAGAAAAGUCGGGGUCAUGUCUGAAUUUAAUGAAGCAUGUGAAUAUAUUGGAAAUCACCUUAUGUCGAUAGCAGCUUCAUCCACUCUAACUAGGGCCCAUGUUUUCUCAAUGCUGAAUUUUAUCAGAUUUUUGAGGGACAAGACGCUUCCUCCUGAUAACUUCAUCAACAGAAUAAAGGAUAAAAGAUGGCUACGGACUUCCCAAGGUGAUAGGAGCCCUCUGGAAUCUGUGUUUUAUGAUAAAGAAUGGAAGGCUGCCUCUCAAAUUAGUGAUAUUCCAUUCAUUGAUCGUGACUAUUAUGGGGUAGAAAUUGUUCCUUUUCAGACAGAACUUCAGCUCCUUGGCGUGGUAUUCGGCUUCAAUGGAAACUACAAACUUGUUGUCGACAACUUAAAAUCUGCAUCAUCCUUUACAUCUCUGCCAGCCGAAGCUGUUCUUUUGAUGCUGGAGUGCUUGCGUCAUUUAAGCUCGUCUGACAAACUUGUCAGACUUCUUAAAGAGAAGAUACGCCUGAAGACAAAUAUAGGUUACAAAUCUCCAGCUGAAUGCUAUCUGUUUGAUCCUACAUGGGGUUGCCUUCUGCAAGUUUUCAACAGUUUUCCUCUUGUUGAUAUCCUAUAUUAUGGAGAAAGCAUUUUGUCAUUCAGAAAUGAAUUGAAGAAAAUAGGAGUGCUCGUUGAUUUUGAGGAAGCAACAAAAGCAUUUGCACGUGUGUUUAGGCAGCAAGCAUCAUUGUCUUCCAUAAAUAAAGAUAAUGUCCUUUCACUUCUCGCAUGCUACAAAAAGUUGAAAAGCUCUGGUCUUAAUUUUCCUUCGGAUCUUAAGAAUUGCGUUCAAGAGGUUAAAUGGCUGCGCACUCGACUUACUGAUUGUAAAGUACCAAAAGAGUGCAUCUUGUUUGGUCCAGAUUGGUUAUCUAUCUCUUCAAUAUCUCUAUUGCCUUUUAUUGAUGAUGGUGAGAAUUACUAUGGCAAGGGCAUUCACGAGUAUGAAGAGGAGCUUCAGAGCUUGGGAGUUGUCGUUUCUUUUAAAUACGGUGCUAAGUUUGUGGCUUCAAGCCUUCAUUUACCUCAAGAUCCUAGCUGCAUCACAGCUGCAGCUGUAUACUCAUUGUUGGAAUGCAUUGGGAAUUUGCAGAGAGAGGAGAAUAAGCCUUUAAUUGCUACGCUUUCACAAAAAGCUGCCCGAGAAUGGAUAAAGACUCAUGUCGGUUAUAGGUCUCCAGACAAGUGCCUGCUGUUUGGUUCUGAUUGGGGUUCUACCUUAUCUCAAGAGGACGGGCCUUUCAUCGACGAAACAUUUUAUGGCCCUAGCAUAAGUUUUUAUUCAAAAGAGCUAAAUGCUUUAGGAGUUGUGGUUGAAAAGAAAAAUGGAUGCUUGUUGCUUGCCAAUUACCUCGACAAUCAUACAAAUUUUAUGGCUAUCAAGCGGAUCUAUUCAUACUUAAAUGAAUUGAACUGGAAACCCACCGGUGAAGAUGCUGCAAAAAUAUGGAUCCCAAAUGGGCCUAAUGAUGGCGAAUGGGUAAGUUCUGAUGAAUGUGUUCUUCAUGACAAAGAUGGUCUAUUUGGUAAGCAGUUGAACAUUUUGGACAAGUAUUACGAGAAGAAAUUGCUGGAUUUCUUCUCUAGUGCUCUAGAAGUUAAAAAAUUUCCUUCUCUUGAUGACUACUGUAGCCUUUGGAUGGAUUGGGAGGCUUCUGGCCACUUAUUAUCUAGUGAUGAAUGCGCUGCCUUCUGGGGGUUUGUUGCCAAGCAUUGGAGUUUAGUGACACAGAAAGUUCUUUCUGAGAACAUUCUGAAACUUCCAGUUUUGUCUGGUUCAGAAAGAAUUUCGUUGGUGGACAAACAUGACGUCUUCAUUGCAGAUGAUCUUUGCCUGAAGGACCUUUUUGAACAGUCUGCUUUGCAGCCGCUAUUUGUCUGGUAUCCUCAGCCAAGUGUGCAAUCCUUGCCCAGAAAUAAGUUGCUUGAUAUUUACAGCAAAAUUGGAGUGCGAAAUUUAUCUGAAUCUGUUCAGAAAAGUAAGCAAUCUGCAUUCGACGACAUUGCUCCCACACAGGUGAAUUCAAGAGAGGUUUUCAUUAAAAGAGGAUUGUUUAAACUAAUUAUUGGUUUUCUUGCUGAUCUCCAAAUUGAAGUACAGAAGAGGCACGAUGCUCUGAAGGGCUUGCUUGAAAUUUCUGUUCUUGAGACACCGACCCCAAUAACCGUGGAAUACAGUUUACCACUUACUUCGGGGGAAAUCAUAAAUGUCAGUGCAAGCAGAUUGAUGCGUUGGGAGAGAGAGAAGUCAGAAUUUUUUAUGCAGAAGGUGGAUAAAUCAGGUGGUUAUAAGAAUGUCCUUGAAUUUGCAACAUAUUUUGCUGAAGUAAUUUCUCUGGGGCUUCUGUGGGAUAAAGAAGAUCAUAUUCAACAGCUUGCUGAACUUAUCAAACUAGGUUUUAUACUGGAAUUCGAUGAGGCAGCUAUUGGGUUCUUGAUGAAGACUAAAAAUCUGCAGAUAUUUUUGGAGGAUGAAGAAUUUCUCUCUUCUGCUCUCUCUUCUUGUUAGGUUGAAGUUGGUUGCGUCUUGCAGAUAUCGGACGAGGUUCCAUCUGCAGAUAGCAAAAGGGUGUUCUUCUGGUAUCUGAAAACAGAAUCUGAACUAUCAUGUCUAUAGAAUCUUUAUAUAGGAAGCUUGUUUAAUAAAUGUAAUUUGCAUUUUGAACAAUAUGGUUUCUCUAUAUUAUGCUGCUCUUUAAGUUUCUUAA